GCUGCAAAAAAUCUCCCAACCAGAUUCCCUUCAUUUCAAUAAAAAAAUGGUGGCUUCUUCUUCUUCUCCUCUCUCCAUGGCUGCUUCAUCUGCUUCUCUCUGCAACUUUAACAAGCUUUCGAACCUCUGUUUUCCCACGUCCCACUUUCCUCCAUCUUCGAAACCCAAAAGCUCCCUCAAGCUCAAAACUCAACAUCACGCCACAUCCCUUCACUUCUCCCUCUCUCAUAUCACUCGCUUUCGCUGCCUCUCUUCGUCAUUUGAGACCUUUAAUUUAUCUGAAGAUGACCAAGACUUCACAGCGGCUGAAACAGAAACUGAGCCCGAAACAGUGUCAGAAUCAGAACCUGAAACAGAAUCAAAUUUGGCAGAGGCUAGUGAAGAAGGAAGACUUUACGUUGGAAACUUGCCUUAUUCUAUGACUUCUUCUCAGUUAUCCGAGGUUUUUGAGGAGGCUGGUCGUGUGAUUUCUGCUGAGAUUGUUUAUGAUCGAGUUACAGACAGGAGCAGAGGAUUUGGCUUUGUAGCAAUGGGGAAUGUGGAAGAAGCUAAAGAAGCCAUUCGUUUGUUUGAUGGUUCUCAAAUUGGGGGCCGGACUGUGAAGGUAAACUUCCCGGAAGUGCCAAGGGGAGGUGAGAGGGCAAUCAUGGGACCAAGAAUAAGGAGCAGUAACCAGAGUUUUGUUGACAGCCCUUACAAGAUCUAUGCUGGAAAUCUUGGUUGGCGUCUCACCUCACAGGGUCUUAGAGAUGCAUUUGCCGAACAACCAGGGGUCUUGAGUGCCAAGGUCAUCUAUGAGAGGGACACAAGUAGAUCUCGAGGAUUUGGGUUUAUCUCAUUUGAAACCGCUGAGGAUGUAGAAUCUGCCUUAAAUGCCAUGAAUGGAGUGGAAGUUGAAGGGCGACCUCUAAGAUUGAAUAUUGCUGCUGAAAGAGCUUCUUCUCCAGUGCAGGCAUUGGAUAGAAACACAGAAAACAGUCUUGACAGUAGUGAUUUAUUUUUUAGCAUCAGCAGCUAAAAAAUGUAGAGUAUCACAGGAAUAGUCUGUGAAAAUAUUACCUUCUACAACUAAAUUUUGACUCCUAUUAUUUACAAAAUAGUUCAUCCUAAUCGCAGAGACUAAGAUGUGAAUGGACAACAUAUGGUCAGAGUCUUUUGUUCUGGGUUAGAGUGUAUGUAUUUGUUUAUUAUUCAAGAGAAUUAUUGCAAAUUAUAGCAAAGCCAAAUUUUACUCUCUA